CGCCGAAAGAAUACCGCUCGCAAAACCACUGUCGCGUUCCCAUGGAAAUCUAGCCGACUUUAAAAACGCGAGGUUUCGACUCCCUGCGUGAUUUCCGGACGGGGAAUUUUCAGGUGUAUAUAUGCACUGUUCUUGAGAUGGAUAUUUAUCGGCCCUUUGCUUUUCGAAAUUCAUCAGUAAGCUAGGAUUACAAGGAUGUCUUGGUACAGCCAGGCGAUGAUGCUCUGCCUAUUCGCCAUAGGAGCAUCGGCAUUAUUUGAUGAAGACAUCCGGCAUAAGCCAUCGAUUUGCAGACGAAAAGCGAAGUCAGAGUGUGAUUUGGGGAUCUGUGAAAGAUAUGUAGAGACAGAGUGUUACCAUGGUGUUUGCUCUAACCACACUGGGGAGUGUGUCUGUGCUCCUUGUUGGACGGGAGAUAGAUGUGAUAUCCUACAAAACUCACACGUACCAGUAUUCCAGCAACAGACGGUUAUAGUUGACGUUGAUAUCAAAGACACUUACAGCGAUGACGUCAUUGUUAAAGUUGGGGCGGAUGACCCAGAUGCAGAAGAGUGUUCUUAUUUGGAUAGCUGCCCGUGUGCGAAUAUUCUAUACUCCAUCGAGGAGGGGAAUGAAGACUCAUUAUUCAUGAUCGAUCCCAGGAGCGGGGAGAUUCGACUGACUCGUACACAAGCGUUGAAAGGUCUUUCACAAGAUGCAGAGUUCAAACUGAUAAUUUCAGCUAAGAACCCAGUACAUCGCACACGAGUGAGGAGGAGGUUAGAUCAUCCGGCGGAUGGAUCAAGUGAUAACGCAAGUCCAACCAUGGUGGUACUGGUGACCUCCUCCUCGCCGGAGAAAGUUGAAACCGCAGCCGCACAUUCAAGGAGAAGACGAUCGACGAGUGGCGUUCCAACUUCAGAAACCUUUACCCUGGAGAAACUCUCACCCUACACCGAUGUCACGGAUAUCAAGAUCGGGGAGAAAGUACCGCUCCGUCUAGUCAUCUGGCUGCCAGUCCAGACGACGACUAUGAAGGUAGAGUUGCUAACGCCGUACGAGUCCAGCGCCAUCCUAGUCCUAUGUGAUCCACAGUUCACUCACGUUGGAAAUAACUACCCAUCGUUUGACAGCAGCAGCAUAAGGCCAGAGUAUUACUCCCAUGCAGGGGACUUCAGGUAUGACCGCGUCGUGCUUGACUUGGGCUCGGUCGUAAACACUGGUUCCAACACGGCCGACGAUGUUCUCAACAAGAUCCACUUGGAUUUCAACGUUAUUCUCCAGCUCAAUAACGCCACAGAGUAUGGGGAAAGCUAUAUGGUGUCGGCGGCUGUAUCCUACGGUGCAGGCCUAUCGAAUGUCUGGUCCGGCGGGACAGCAUUCUCUCCCGUCAAUGAUACAAACGAUUGGUCAACGAGUUCCCCAGUUCUCACCAUCUCUGGCCCAGAUGAGAUGACGACCCAGAGUUCCGCCAUCUUUCAUUUCGACCUUGUACUGAAGAAUUACGUCACGGACUUCUACCUGGAUAUUGUUGCCGAGCAUUAUGAUUCGGGCAAUCCUGUCAUGAAGAUCUGCGAAUUCCAACUUACCGGAAAAGGUGAUAACUACGGCUGUAUGCCGAAUGAACUGCCUCGGUUUUCAUCAGUUUAUGACAACGCCACAUUCGACAAUGCAACCGUCUUGGCGAGGUUGGACUUCGGCGAGAUUGUCAACACGGGUUUGCGUGCAGGCAACAAUAGCGACGAUGAGAAUAAAAUUUCCACGGAAGCUGUGGUGUACAUCACCAACAGUUCUAACAUUGUGGACGGAGAGAAGUAUUGGCUGGGCGUAACCAUCACGGUAGAUGGCUCUAAAAUAUAUUCCAACCAGCAGGCCAUCACAGCACUCACAACGCCAGCACCGACUAUGACCGUCGAUCCUGUCAUCGAGUUCUACGCUGUCGAUGGAUACGCCGUCACCAUCGGGGGCACUGUCGGCUUCGUAGUGAGCAUUGACAUUCCGGAGAACAUCACUUCCGUGUUCAUUGUUGACCUGUCCAUGCCUUACACGGCUUCCAACGGGGCAGUACUGUCCAUCUGCCGGGCGGAGGUGGUCUACGUCGGGUACAAUCUACCGUGCAUGCAAAGCAUGACACCGGAAUUCAAACGAGAGGACGGACAGAACGCAGAUUACGUACAAUUUAACUUUGGAGGCAUCACAAACCUUGGCCGCCGACACCAGACUGAUGACAGUAAGCUAAAAGUAUUAAUAUCCGCUGAGCUAAUGGCUAGUCACCCUGACGUCUCAAAUGGAACUGAGUUUGAAGUAACAGCUGGCAUUCGCUACGAAAUGGCUGACAAGGAUAUACUCUGGGUAUCCAAAGCACAAAUCACAGCCGUUGAUUAUCAACAUCAUGAAUAUUCAGACAACGACAAGAUACCAAAAUUCAAGAUUCGAAACCGUGGUAAAGAUUACUAUCUCUACAAUAACUCGGCUGUUUCCCUGAACAUCACCGUAACAAUCCCGCCUGAGACAACCUACACCCCGGUCCUCCUCAACAUCACCUGGACAAGACCGUCGUCACCAACAUCUCAACGGCGGACGGCGUCGCAUACGAGUACCUGGUGGACCUGGGCGUGGUGA